CUUCACAUCUGAAAGUAAAAACCUCUGCUCUACGUUUUACAAAUAAAUGCUAGGUCUACAAUCAAUCAAGACACAGAACUAGAUCUAACUAUGGAGACGUGCUUCUGCUGCCCCAAACCUCGCUACAAACGGCUGGUUGAUAGGCUCUUCCCAGAGGACCCUCAAACACCCACACCUGUGUCUGCUAAUAUGGACAAGCUGCUCUUCUUUGCUCAAACCUCCCCUGACCAUCUGGACAAUAUUGGAGAAUACCUCGCUCUGAGACUGCGUCGGAGCCUGCAAAGAGAGAGAAAUGGGCAUGUGAGUGUGGCUCUGCAAGUGACGGAGAAGCUGCUGUCAGCCUGUGACUCACGAAAGCUCCAGUUGAUUGUGGAUAGCUACCUGGAUAUACUGCAUAAUAUGCUGGAAACGAGCAACACAGAACUGCAUAUCAUGGCCACCAAUUCGUUUGUGAAGUUUGCCGAGCGAGAAGAAGGGAACACCCCCUACCACAGACAGUACGACUUCCUCAUCCACCGCUUUGCCUCUCUUAGCCUCACCAAGAAUGUCGACGACGCCGAUAAAUAUCACGAGACGCGGAUGGCUGGAUUGCAAGGGCUGAGGGGAGUGAUAAAGAAGAUUGGUCGGCAAGACAACCUCCAGAUGAACAUUUGGGACCUAGAUCACAUGAACAAGAUAGUGCCGCCCUUCCUCUUCAAUAUGCACAGUCACAGUGUCGCCCAGUCAAGAGAGUCUGGUGAGAUCCAGCCUGUUUUGGAGGAGGGGGACAGUCUGGGAGGGUACUCUCAGGAUAGUCUCACUGAGCUCAUCACUUUUGCCGGACUCUCUCACAUCGAUAGUGUCCUCAAGCCAAUACUGCAACACUUUGACCUAAACAAACUAUGGAUAUCGGACAAGGAAUUCACAGCUGGUGUGUACGUCAUCGUCGUGGAAGCCAUGCAGCCCCCCAGUGUACAGUAUCUAAUACGUACCCCCAAAACCCCCAGGAGACAGGAUCGGUACAAGGUCGUCCAGUCGCUGGUGGACCACCUGGAUACCAAGGUGAAGGAGUCCUGGGAGACCAAACAAGGGAUCCUCGGCACACUCUCUAAGUGUGUUACCGUGGCAGCAGACAGCUCUCUAGGUCCGUCUGUACUGGAUAUAUUUCGUACACUGGUCCGCCACCUCCGUAUCUCCAUAGAAACUGUUUCAGAAGGCCCCUCCGACCUCACGUCCUCUCUGACCUUUCAGCAAUCCAUCACUAUCACUGUGGGGGAGUUUGGGGGAGUUUGCAGGAGUCCUUCCCGACUAUCACAAGCCAGAUAUACUGGGGCUCAUCAACUCUUAUGUACCCGUGGCCUCAGGGGGUCUUGAUAGCGGAGCCACCACUGGACUGUCUGUACAUCCUCUGGCACCUCAGGACACUCA